UCCCGCCCCUCUCUGCCGGCCCGGGCUGCCUACCCUCGCAGAUCUGCUCCCACAGGUUCUUGCCCGGAGGCUCCACGCCUUGUCCUGGCGAGAGGGGUAGCUCGGGGGACACGGUGGACACGAUGGGCACUGACGUCUGGGCAGUGUCCGACGACUCUGCUGAGCCGGCCGGCUCCUCGCGCUGGGUUGUGCGACCACUCGCCGGACCCGGUGCCGCCAUGGCCGCGGUUUCCAAGGCAACCGCCCUCCCGGCUUGGCUACGACCCGGAAGGAGCCGGAACUCAAGGAGGCGGGCCAGCGACUCGAGAUUAAUUUCCGGGUCGCGGCCGAGCUGGCUUUCACGUGGAGGCGGGGAAGAUUGGCGUACCGGAAUGAUCACGAAAACCCACAAAGGAGACCCGGGCCUUGGGGUCCCAGAGAAAAAGAAGAAGAAAAAGAAGGUAGUCAAAGAACCAGAGACUCAGUACUCAGUUUUAAACAGUGAUAAUUACUUCACUGAGAUUUGUCCCACAAGAGCAACAUUCCCCUCAAAGAGUGUGGAGCUAGGGCAGGCAUCUGAGAUGCCUCUGGUGAAGAAAAAGAAGAAAAAGAAGGGCCAUAGUACCCUCUGUCAGGAGCACCUUGAACCCGAGACCGUGUUACGUGCUGGACGGACAGAGAAGUUGGCCACCCCCAGGAAGCAGGCUCUUGGUUCAUCUGAGUUCCAAGGUGGGGAGAAGAAAAAAAAGAGGAAGUCCUUAAAACCUCUGGCCAUGCCUUCUAGCUCAAGAGGGAGGACCUCCCCAGACACUAGACAGGUUGAGGAGGUGACCAGAGUUGGCAAGAAGCCCAAAAAACACAAGAAGGAGAAGAAGGCCCGGGAGGCUGCAGCUGCCUCGGCCAAGGACCCUUGUUUCCGUGAGUUUGGGGAUACUCUGUUCACUUGCUCAGUGGGGAAGGAUGGUGCGGAGCUGACAGGCUCAGGGCAGAAACGGAAACAGGGCAUCCCCAGGGAAUGCAACGUGAAGAUGAAGAAGAAAAAGAAAAUCCAUCUUAAGGGAGAUACCUCCGUAGAAGAGCACCUUGAGUGCUCCAAGUCUGUGGAGAGCAGCCCUAGGAAAGGAACUAAGAAGCCAGUCAAACUUGAGGCUCCAGAAUACAUCCCAAUAGGACAUAACCCCAAGUCCCCCGCAAAGAAGAAAAUGAAGUCCAAGAAAAAGGUAGAGCAGCCAGGCAUUGAGGAGCCAGCUCUGAAGAGGAGUAAAAAGAAGAAGGUGAAAGAGAGCAAAGUAGCGGAAGAACCUUGGGAAGAGGAGCCUGACCCAGACUUAGAGGUGGUGUUGGAAAAGAAAGGCAACAUGGAUGAGGCGCACAUAGACCAGGUGAGGCGAAAGGCCUUGCAAGAAGAGAUCGAUCGUGAGUCCGGCAAAACAGAAGCUUCUGAACCGAGGAAGUGGACAGGAACUCAGUUUGGCCAGUGGGAUACUGCUAGUUUUGAAAAUGAGGAACAGAAACUAAAAUUUCUCAAGCUCAUGGGUGGCUUUAAAAACGGGACCCCUUCGCUCAGCCGCCCCUCUAACACAGUCGGAAGGCCCAACAUGGCUCUCAGCAAGAAGGCAGCUGACGCCCUGCAGCGGAACCUGCAGCAGGACUACGACCGGGCCAUGAGCUGGAAGCACAAGCGGGGCACUGGCCUGGGCUUCUCCACCACCCCAGACAAAAUCUUUUAUAUUGACAGGAAUGCUUCCAAGUCAAUCAAGUUUGAAGAUUAAACUCUACUGUCUUAUCCUUCAAAACAGCCAAAAUUGCUUUUACUGUUCAGUUAUGCAGUUGAAAGCCAUCUGACACUCAGAUCAAAUCUCUGCAGAGAUUAAGUUGAAAACUCUGCCCAUGUGCUUGGACAAACUGGGGUCAGGGAGCUCAUGUUUCAGAAGCCGAGAGAACAUGUGAGUGAUUAACGCCUACUAUUUUGUGUAUUAAGCAUUCCAUCCCUAUGUGAAGACAUCAGCAUAUAUAAAUAAUAGCUAAUUUGCUGAGUGCUUAGUAUGUGCCAAGUACGUACUACUGUGUUUCCCUCACAUUAAUGUAGUUAGUAAUUAUGAACUAGGUGCUAUUAUCCCCAUCUUCCUGAUGAGGAAACUGAGGUUCAGGGAUGAAGUAAUAAAAUUGCCCUGGUUCACCCAACCAGUAAGUGCCAAGUGCUGGACUUCUGUAUCCCACAUCCUGUAUCACUAUUCACUACUCCUAAUGUCCUCUUCUAGGGAAUUUUACCAGGAACACUUAUGGGUGAUGAAGUCUCUUGAUUGAAGAGACAGAGGUUUUGUUAGAUGUCUAAAUCUCAAAUAGGAAGUAGAAUUGAUGGUCAACAGGUAAGGGCAAGCUCUUUUUCUUUUCCCACCCUGGAGAACCUUUAGGCAAAGAGGUCUGAAUGGCCACCAAGCAGAUGUGGCUUUCUCUCCAUUUGGGAAAUGUGUUUCUAAACCAAUUUUGCCUUUUCUGGCUCUCCUGACUUCUAUCCUCAGUGUUGAGCUUGGAUUUAACCUUCAUGCUUUAACUGAAUUCUAACCAAGGCAUUUUAGAGAGACUGUUAGUCUUAACUAACCAACGGUAAAUUCCCAGGGAUACGUUUAUUAGAAUCUUUGUGACCACAAGGAAGAGAGUCCUAGGUGACUUGUGUGGUGGAGUUGUGAUGCCAGGAGGCCUGAAUGUGCAGGCAUGACACGGGAAGUUGCCUCAUCAGACGUUGUUACCAUAUCUGGACUCUACAACCAACUUCACAGAGCUCCAGGUACAGUGACCUGAGUGACAAAUGACCACCUUCUUCAUUCACCUAGCAGUUUGCAUCUGAAAAUACAGGUUCUGAGUGGGACAUUUUCACAUCACUUGGCCUGAAUGCCUCCUAUAGACAUCCCAGCUCAGGCAGGCCUAACUAAAUAGCAGGAUAUUCGGUCUGUCACUGGGCAGGAAAUCCUGAUGUGUAGGGGAUUAAUUGAGCAACUCAACAAAGAAACAUUCUUUUCCUUUCUGCUCCAUCCACCCUAUUGGCUUCAUUGGGCUGCUUGAAAGAAUGGCCUUGGCAAUUGUAGGCACAAUAUCAAGAUAUUAGAACUUGCCAGAGGAAGAAGAAAAACCUUAUGGUUCAAGGAAAGUUCCGGAAGACCUUUCAUCAUAACUCAUUGCUUAGCCGUGGGUCAUAUGCCCGUGUCUGAGCCAGCCCCUGGCAUGUGGAGGAAGAUUCUCCUCAGGCCAGUAGUGAGGAGCCAAUGCUGGUGGUGGGACAAACAUGGAGUCCACUACUGUCCCACUGGGCAGAGGUGAGGGAGGCCUGCCUGGGCGCAAGUAAGCAUUGGCCAGGUCAGGAGUCCUGCAGAUCUAUGCUAGUGAUGUUUCAGGAGGGGCCACUUUGCUCGGAAUGUGAACUGGGCCUUUGAUGGACUCAACCUUGAGUUGAGAUACAUAAUGAAAGAGGCCAUCUAAAUGCCGGGAAGGUAAGGUUCUGCCUUUGAUUUAGCUCCUUCGGAGCACCUCCUCUUUUCACAGGGGGAUAAAUCUCUCCUGGCCUUGAUCAACACUACAGGAGUUCACUCACUGUACUGACUGCUUCUCUAAUUGUUUUUAACUUGCCAAGAGCUCACACUACAGCUUGGGCCUGCCUUGGCUUGUCAGGAAGGAUUGUGCUCUGCCGUCUCUUGGGUGAUUCUGGAGAGGAGCUGAUCAUUUGUCCACUAUCUUGUCCCCAUAGUGAUAGUUCUCAUUAGCGUGUGAUGGUCAGGCCUUUCCCCUCCUGUCAUUUAGUAUAUGUAGUCUGUGUAAUGGGAUUUGAGUUUUAAACCUUAUGUGUCACCAUUGGCUGAAGAGUUUCACUGGCCCAGGGGAAGGUUUAUGAUAGUUUGUUUCUGAAGCAGGGUCUAGCCAGUGCAGGUGGAACAGCUAAGACAGCAGGAUCUCCAAUGACCUCAGAAUGGACUUAGUCUUGGUCUGCAUUGACAAGACUGGCAGAGAUGCCAUUUCUCAGAGAGCAGGGCUCUGUCCUGUAGCAGCCCCGCAGUCCCAGGAGGACUUUCACUCUGAGCUUCCUGUGUUAGCUGGGCCCUCUCCUUUGUACGUUAAACAACAUUGGCUUGUGCCACCUCUGUCCCUUUUUCCCAUAUCCAGUGCCAUCAAUCUGCAAGGGGUGUGUGUGUGUGUGUGUGUGUGUGUGU